AUGGUGAAGCUGCAAUCUAGACUUCCCAGUGAACCGAAGCGUGCGGAAGUGCUUGCAAAAGCGGCGCAUAAAGCCAAGGAAAGAAAAGACACGCGGGAAGGGCGCGAGCACUGCGUCUACGGAGUGGCGGGGAACCGGACGGCCAGCAAGGACCAAGAGAAGGGCAAUCCCGCCAACGCGCGUCCUGCAGGGGACCUUCUUUUCCGCCCCGGGAGCAGCGUCUGCGGAGGGAGCGGCGCGGGCGAGCCGUGGGCCCGCGGAGGAGGGAGGCCGGGCGGCUUGCUGUCGCGGGGAGCGGCCUGGGGAGUACGAGGAUGUCGUCCAGGGAAAAUUGUGCAGAUGACUGAAGCAGAAGUUCGGGGCUUAUGUAUCAAGUCUCGGGAGAUCUUUCUCAGCCAGCCUAUUCUUUUGGAAUUGGAAGCACCACUGAAAAUUUGUGGAGAUAUUCAUGGACAGUAUACAGAUUUACUGCGAUUAUUUGAGUAUGGAGGUUUCCCACCAGAAGCCAACUAUCUUUUCUUAGGCGACUAUGUGGACAGAGGAAAGCAGUCUUUGGAAACCAUUUGUUUGCUACUGGCUUAUAAAAUCAAAUACCCAGAGAACUUCUUUCUCUUAAGAGGAAAUCAUGAGUGUGCUAGCAUCAAUCGCAUUUAUGGAUUCUAUGAUGAAUGCAAACGAAGGUUUAAUAUUAAAUUAUGGAAAACCUUCACUGAUUGUUUUAACUGUCUGCCGAUAGCUGCCAUUGUGGAUGAGAAGAUCUUCUGUUGCCACGGAGGACUGUCACCAGAUCUACAAUCUAUGGAGCAGAUUCGAAGAAUCAUGAGGCCUACUGAUGUUCCUGAUACAGGUUUGCUCUGCGAUUUGCUGUGGUCUGACCCAGAUAAGGACGUGCAAGGCUGGGGGGAAAAUGAUCGUGGGGUUUCCUUCACUUUCGGAGCUGAUGUUGUCAGUAAAUUUCUGAAUCGUCACGAUUUAGACUUGAUUUGUCGAGCUCAUCAGGUGGUUGAAGAUGGAUAUGAAUUUUUUGCUAAACGACAACUGGUAACACUGUUUUCAGCCCCAAAUUACUGUGGCGAAUUUGAUAAUGCUGGUGGAAUGAUGAGUGUGGAUGAAACUUUGAUGUGUUCCUUUCAGAUACUGAAACCAUCUGAGAAGAAAGCUAAGUACCAGUAUGGUGGACUGAAUUCUGGACGUCCUGUCACUCCACCUCGAACAGCGAAUCCACCGAAGAAAAGGUGAAGAGAGGGAUUCUGUAAAGAAGCCAUCAGAUUUGUUAAGGACAUGCUUCACGAGAUGAGUGUGCACUGUAAAACCAUCCAGCCAUUUGACACCCUUUAUGAUGUCACCCCUUUAACUUAAGGAGACGGGUAAAGGAUCUUAAAUUUUUUUCUAAGUAUACUCUGUUAGAAUACUCAACAAAGUUAAAUCCAAAUUCAAAAUUCCCCAUUAAAAUUACAUCUUCACGUAUCACAGUUUUUAAAGUUGAGAAGCAUCCCAGUUAAACUAGAUGUGAUAGUGAAACCACACGAAAGCAUGGUGAUCCAUCUGUGUGAUGUGGUUUUAGUGUUGCUUAGUUGUUUGAUUAUUUUGGGCUUGUUUUGUUUUGUUUGAAUAAUAGCAAGUAAUUUUAAUGCGUCCUGCUCCCAUCCAAACAUUUUUAAAAGUGAACUAUGGGAAGAGCUUUAAAGAUAUUCGCUGACUUGUUUCCCCAUGCUUUUACUUACGUACUUGUUUGAUCUUCCUGAGAAAAUGUAUGUAUGCCUCAAUACAAGAAAAAUGAAUUUUAAACAUUGGUUGCUCAAAAAAUGCAUACAACUGUCCAAUCCAGUGAUUUAAUCAGUUUGGGCAAACUUUCCAUCUGAUGGUGAAUCCUUUCCUUUACACAGAAAUUGCCACUGAUUGGAUUUAUGCAGUAUAAUUUUUAACUUAUUGAUGUGCUAUUGUGCAGUAGCAUUUCCUUUAACUUUAAGAUAAGGCUCAUAUAGUAUCACCCGAUUAGUUGGAAAUGUGAUUAUGUGGUACUUUGGCUUUAGGUUUUGAUUCGCACGAAACAUCUUUUGGCAUGCUUAGCUUUCUGGUAACACCCUCACCUGCAUUGGUUUUUGUUUUUUUGGGGGGUUUUGUUGUUUUUAGAUCCACAAACAUGAGAAUCCUUUUUUGACAAGCCUUGGAAGCUGAUGCUGUCUUUUUUUCACCCCUCUGUAAGAAGGAUGUAUUUAAGUGAAUGCUGGUCAGUGGGACGUUUUGUCAACUUUGGUUGUUGGGUGCUUAACUGUCUUAAUAUUGCCAUGUGAAUGUUGUAUACGAUUGUAAGGCUUAUGUCACUAAAGAUUUUUACUCUGCUUUUUCAUGAUCAAAGUUCAUAUAAUGUUGUAGAGAAAUGCUUUGUAGUGAACUAAUAGUAGCAAUAAUUUCUGUUCAUGAUCAAGACUUUAUUGCAGCAUUUCUUUUUUUUUUUUUUCUUUUUUUUUAAGAAAAAAGGUUAAUAUUAACAAAUGGCAAGUUGAAAAGUCAAUUUAAAAGAUGAUCUUACAAGACAGGUUUGAGACCAGUGGAUGUGAUUGUCAUAGGGAUGGACAUCAGACUUCAGUGCCCUUCUAGAUGUGCUGCCAUAGAUGUGAAAUUUUUGACCUUAAUAUUGUCUUUGAAGAUGUUAAAUUGAGAAUUCUGUUAACUUACAUUUUAUGGAUUGGUGCAUUGUAUUUACUGCAAGAAAUAUUUGAUUUUCAGCACAGUGCAAAGUUCUUUCAAAUGCCUACAUCUUUUUUUCUAAUCCUGUUUUGUUUUAAAGCACAUUUUAAAUGUAGUUUUCUCAUUUAGUAAAAGUUGUCUAAUUGA